UUCACAAGCCUAGAAUAGAAUGUAGGCAAGAUAUGGCCGGCGCAUAUAUCUGAUGCUCGACACCUCAAGGGAUUCCGACAAUGGCGUUUCAGCAGCAGGAUUACCUGCAGACCAUCGAUGCCUAUAUCUUCGCUUCCAGCUUUUAUAUAUCCUGUGGUUUAUCCGUUGGGCUUCUUUCUUCUUCGCCGAAAGAUAUGAGGUUUGGAUAUCUACCAUGCAUAUGUGACCCGCACUGAGUUUUUCUAGGCAUGUGAGCUUACUGAUUGAGUGAUUAAUUUACUGGAUGGAUGACCCAGACGGUAAAGAUUUUUAGAUGACCUGUAAACUUACUGAUUUGACUGUUGCUUGGUUUCAAAUGCAUGCUUUCCUCCCUCCUUGCUUUUUUUUACAAAAAGGGGAUAACCCUGCCUCGGCUUUAAAUGAUGCACACAACCAUUUUACUCCCUCAUCGUUUUAGCGUCAAUUAAUAUAAGAUGGAGGGAGUAUUAAACAUAAAGUAAAUUUAAGUCACCGAGUUCCAAAAGGUUUACAUCAAAAUACGACCAAAUCGGUGGGAAACAAGAUUACAAAUAGCUCAUCCACAUAAUUUGCUACUAACACGUGUGAACUAGUUGAAUAUUUUCAGAGCUCACUUUCUCUUGCAAGAAGUAUCAUGAAGUGAUGUGGAAGGGAGUUUGUCUACCUACAGAGCAGGGUGGUCUGGUAUUUAAUCUUUCCUUUUGUCAGUGUUUGUGUGUGAGGGGCAGGGUGCUGGGGCCUGUGCGCGUUCCUGAGGAGGCGUCGCACGGCAGCUACUAUGCUUCCGCUCUCCUCCUCGUGUGGAUUGGCACUGCCGCCCAGUGGCGUAGCCAAGAUUUUCGUCAACAUACUAGUCAAGACAGAGCUAUGUGUUAAGAUGAGGGGGGCAAUGCCAUCCACCCCACCUUUGAACCAAUUUAUGAAACAAAUUAGGGGCUUGGAUGCGAUUUAUUUAGGCGGUACCCCCCUAUAUCUCGCCGACCAGCAGGUUGACGGCCCCGCCGAUUAUAGGCCGUGAAUGUCGUGCGCGCGAUGCUGGCGCGCGCCAUCUCCAGUUGGUGGUCUCUGGUCGUCUCCCUCAUCUGUGUCGCUCCUCUGUCUCCGUCGAUUUUUCCAACACGGUGGCGGCACGGCGGCCGUCGUCGUAGGACAUGGAUGACCCGCGUCGUCGGGUGCGAGGCGAUCCAGCGCCGCCGUAUGGAGAUUUUGAUGGUCUGUUCAGUGUUGAGAUCCACCAUAGUGGUUUCUUUUGUGGCAGUGACAUAAACAGAACAUACAUGGACUAUGAGGUUGAUUGGUUUGACAAUUGUCAGACUGACACUUGGUCCUUACUCUGGAUUGAUGACUUUCUUCUGCAGCUGGGCUAUGAUAGACAAGCUUCAAAGAUUGAUGUUUACUGGUGUGAACCAAGAAAGACAGUUAGUGAUGGCCUGAAGCUCUUGACCUGUGAUGCCGACAUUGUUCUUAUGAUUUGUGCAACAUUAGAGCACAAGAACCUGCUGCUGAUAGUAGACCAUGGUGAUACCCUGCAGUCAUUAAACAAAGAUGAUGUUCUGACAAAUGGAGUGAAGGAUCCACCUAAGGUUAUUACUCCAAAGAGGCAUGGAAAAGAAAAUGUCAGUUAUCCAGAGAAAGAGCAGAGUCCUAGAGAGAAAAUGUCAAGGACAACAAGGAGAUCUAUGUCAUUUGGAGAAGGAUGUAGCUCAAGGAAUGCUAUGGAGGAGGAGAAUAUUGAGGAUGUUAACAAUAGUGAAGAAGAGGGAAAUGAUGAGGAUGCAGGGUCAGAAACAGAUGAGGAGUUCUAUGAGAGUGACUAUGAAGUUGCAGAAGGUGAUGAUGAUUUGUUUGACGCAAAUGUAGACAAAGAUGUUGAUGAUCACAGAGAGAAGAACAUAUUGCCAGACUUUGAAGAAGAACUUCCAGAAGAUGCUUUGGAGGACAGCCACUUAAAUAUGUCGAAAGAAGAGAAAGAGAAGCUGAAGCACAAAUUCAGUACUUUCAACCCAACAACUGAUCUGAAUGCACCUGUGUUUAAGAUUGGGUUGGUGUUUGCAGAUAUGAAGGAACUGAAUGCACCUGUGUUUAAGAUUGGGUUGGUGUUUGCAGAUAUGAAGGAAUUGAGGCAUGCUCUCACUGCAUACAGUGUAAGGAAUAGGGUGAAAGUGAACAAGCUCCGAAAUACUUCAGUAUCACUAGAGGCUGUAUGCAAGCCUGGUUGCACUUGGUACUUGAAGGCAGGUAAAGAUAACAGGUCAAGUAGCAUACAGAUCAAGAAGUAUGUUGACAAUCACACUUGCACAAAAGCAUGGGACCUGAGAGUUCUGACUGCUCCUUUUCUUACUAACAAGUUCAGAGAAGAAUUCAGAGACAAUGAAAAAAUGCCUCUGAAGAAAUUUUCAGAUAAGGUGGAGACAGAAUAUAAUUUGGUUCCACACAGGAGUAAGUUGGGAAGAGCUAGGAGAGCAGCAGUGAAUCAAAUAAGGGGAGUAGAUGAUGACCAAUAUAAUACUUUGUGGGACUAUGGUCAGGAGCUUAGAAGGAGCAAUCCAGGAAGCCAGUUCUUCUUGUGCACUAAGGAAGUAUUUGAUGAGAAGACAAAGAAGGUACAAGACCACUUUUCCACAUUGGAUUAA